AUGGGCGGCGAGCCCUGCGGACACGCGCUGAUGGCCUCAUGCCCCCCGGCGCCCUUCCCGGAGCUUACACCUGAUAUCCCGUUCGGGUACAGCAAUGUCAACGGAGACCUGGACUCCCAGCAGAGGACGUGGGAAGUGAGCAAAGGCAGCCUCUCAGCCCUGCUUGAUCUCAGCAAGAAGCUGAACCUCGAUGGUGAGGUCACGCCGGUUAUGGCUUGGGGUAUGGUCCUCGGCCACCCCAGAGCUCACGAACUUCGUGCCGAGGAUUUCCAGAAGCUCACUGACGAGCUCAAGGAUAAGGUCCGAUGCUACGGCUUUGGUGCCGUUAUGGAGGAGUUCGAGGUCAGGGACGCGUUGGAGAACGUCUUCUGCUCCGGACCGGAAAUGAUGAACUACGCCUACUAG